GUCAGACCUUGGUAAAACUCGGGAGAUUCGUCGAGGCUUUGGAGGAGCUGCAGAUGGCCGCUAAGAUUACCGAGGAAGAGGGUGACACGCCGAUGUUAUCCUACAUCCAGGAUCUUAUCGAGCAAGUGACCCGCGCUCUCCGCAAGAUUCCAUACGAGUACGGGACUACUUGGGGAGUGACCAGUGCCGGGAUCAGUCACGAGCAACGGACCGAGGAGAAUUCGAGUCUGUUCAUCAGCAGCGAGGAGACCGUGAUAACAACGGUGUUUUCGCAGAGGAGGGUGAUCACCGAGUGUCUGGAGGAAUCCAGCAACGAGGACGACGAGGAGGAGGAGUUAACGACGCAUUCAGAGAAGAUCGCACAGACUUACCGUGAAAGCACGGUACGCUCGGAUCUCGGAGAACGGGAAGAGGAGCAAGACGUCCCUGCAGGCAGCUCUACGUUCAGAGUCGAAGACACGACUGAGAGCAAGAAAAAAGUUGUUUCUCCUUCCUCGUUCUCCUCCUCUUCCUCCUCUUCUUCUUCUUCUUCUUCUCUGUCGAUAUCGUUCGACGAGAAAAGUGAAAACGUUAAAGAUUUGGGGGAGUCGACGAACAGGACCGAGAACGAUAUUCAGCACGAGGGGCUGAAGGGUGAAAGCAGCAGUAAAGCAUCUUUGAGGAGCGAUAACACGACGGCGACUUAUGUCAUUCAAAAGGAAUCUACUUUAGAAGAGAAGAAACGUGCGACUGUUAUUGACGAGAACGAGAUGAUCACUGAACUGAGAAUGACAGUCGACGAUAAGGAAGGGAAUCGUAGAAUAACCGAGGCUUUGAAGAUGGUUAAUUGCAACGAUAGCGAACAGAGACAGGAUAUGAUUAACGCUAUUCGCGUUAUCGAAGAGCUGGGGAAGAAGGACGAGGUGGAACUUUUGGAUAUGCUCAGAGACAUGCUGUUAACUACCGAGGGGCGAGACUAUCUGGGAAACUCCGGGGACGGGUUUAGAACCUCGAGAUCCGGCGACGACAGGCAGAGUGGAAUUACGACCAAUCGGUUGACGAGAACCUCGUCUUUGCCACCGUCUCCAAGGCAAUGUAAUGUCAAUGAGGAUUUUCGUAAAUGUCCCAUGCCUUUGCCGUCCAAUUAAUAAUCCUCUUUUGCUAGUCUAUUAAAAUAUUCUCAUCUAUGUAUAUU